UCUUAUUAUACUUACUUUAAGAUUUCAAGGAAAACCAGUUUCCUGAUUAACGGUAGAGUAAGUUUGAGUAUGUUGCCGUGAAAAUUUGUUGUUUUCUUGAAUCAACUAAUUAACUAUAUUAAGAUAAUAUUCACUGCACUUUGCAUGAACGAAAGAUCUAUUUUCAGUCCAUGGAUUUAUACGACUAUCUUAUAUCGUUGCUGUUUGCUGUCGUUCAUAUUUGGGCUCUGGUCCAGUUUCGGUCAAGGAUGCGAACCAGUUGUUCGGACUCGCGAUCGUAACAUAUCGUUCUCAAUUCGCUUUCUAGUUGAGACCUUGGAGCUCAUCGUUCGAUUAGCCCAAGAGAAGAAGACAAACGAUAUCGUGGAUUUGUCACAGGCUCAAAUUCUAGCCGGACAGAAUCUUCCCGAGGACUCUGGACGACCUUUAACGUGGGUGCGCGUCGGCACGGCAGCAACGUUUGAGUGCGUUCCCCGGUCAUCCCCUGAUUCAAACAGCGGGAUAUUAUGGCGUUAUAAAAAUAUGUGGUUCCCUGCCAACAGUAACACUUACACCGCAGCAGCAGUCAGUACUGCUCGACUGCCGCUGUAUACCACUGAAAGGCGCAAUAAUUCUUUGUAUUUCCGAAUCCACAACAUUACGAUGGACAAUUUUGGGGACGUUGAAUGUGUCCAGUCGUGUGCAGACCGCGAAGCCGAUGAGUGGUGCGUGAUAGCCUCGCACCGGCUCCGACCAAAACUGAGAGCAAAAGAUGUCUUCCGGACACCAUUGCGACCCGUACGCAGUGGAUCGCUAAAGUGGACCUUUAACUGUCAAACAAAGCUUUUAUGUGAUCAGCAUACGGUUAUUCCAGGUUUUAUCUGGAAAAUGAACGACAAUUUUAUUGGCGUUCCAAAUCAUCAUUACAUGUCGGCCAUGUUUGCUAACGUGUCCUGGUUCCAAUUUAAUUUUGUAGAAGAGCGCAAUGGAACUGAUCCCACAUGCGUGCGUUCCACGGACGGACAACAUGCAUAUUACGAAGCUACCUUUUACGUCAAGAUAUUUUGGCUGUACUUAUACCCAUAUCCGCCGUCAUCCGUGGAGUGUUGGGUCCAACCAGACGUAGCCAGUGGCGAGUGGUAUGUCCAAAAAACCAAUGUUAAUUUCAACGACUAACUUUACGAAUCGACCAGUUAGUAGUAGUCUAGUAGAGUACUGUAAAUUCUGCGCAUGCGCUGCUCUUUAUUGCAUUUAAGGCCCGAAAAUGCGUUUCAAACCUUCGUAGUGAAAGUUGCAUCAUCAGUACAUUUCUUGUUUUCCAUAGAAUAUUAUCAGCAGCAAUUUGUAGUUUGUAUUCUUAGUACCUGUUUAUGUUGAUUUGCACUUUACUGCACUUGUUUUUG